GCCGCCUCAGGGGCACUUCCGGCGCGGCGGGGCAAGAUGGCGGCGGGCGCGGCGCUGCUGCUGCGCGGGGCCCUGGCGGCGGUUCGUGGCCGAGGGCUCCGCGUCCUGAGCACGGCCCCGCCCAAGGCCAAGGUCGCCUUCGUGAGGGACAAGCCCCACCUGAACGUGGGCACCAUCGGGCACGUGGACCACGGCAAAACGACGCUGACGGCAGCGAUCACCAAAGUGUUAUCAGCGGGGGGCGGGGCCCAGUUCCGGCCCUACGAGGAGAUCGACAGCGCCCCCGAGGAGAAGGCGCGGGGCAUCACCAUCAACGCGGCGCACGUGGAGUACAGCACCCCGAAACGGCACUACGCCCACACCGACUGCCCCGGGCACGCCGACUACGUCAAGAACAUGAUCACGGGCACCGCCCCCCUGGACGGCGUCAUCCUCGUGGUGGCCGCGACCGACGGGCAGAUGCCGCAGACCCGGGAGCACCUGCUACUGGCCAGACAGGUGGGCGUCCGCCAUGUUGUCGUUUACCUGAACAAGGCGGACGCGGUGCCGGACCCGGAGCUGCUGCCCCUGGUGGAGCUCGAGGUGCGGGAGCUGCUCAGCGAGUUCGGCUUCGACGGAGAGAAAACGCCCGUGGUGGCGGGGUCGGCGUUGUGUGCGCUGCAGGACCGUGACCCCGAUCUUGGCCUGAAUUCCAUUCUGAGGCUGCUCGAGGCCGUGGACUCGCACAUCCCCCAGCCCCCGCGGGACCUGGAGCGGCCCUGCCUGCUGCCCAUCGAGGCCGUGCAUUCCAUUCCAGGGCGUGGCACGGUUGUCACCUGCAUUGAGAUGUUCCACAAGAGCCUGGAGGUGGCCGAGGCCGGGGACAACCUGGGCGCGCUGCUGCGGGGGCUGCGGCGCGAGGACGUGCGCCGGGGAAUGGUGGCGGCCCAGCCGGGGACGCUGCAGCCCCAGCAGAAGGUGGAGGCGCAGGUGUACGUGCUGUCCCCGCAGGAGGGGGGGCGCCACAAACCCUUCGUGUCCCACUACGCACCUGUGAUGUUCUCGCACACCUGGGACAUCGCCUGCAGGGUCCUGCUGCCCCCCGGCAAGGAUUUGGUGAUGCCGGGCGAGGACGCCGCACUGACGCUGCUGCUGCGCCAGCCCAUGGUGCUGGAGCAGGGCCAGCGCUUCACGCUCCGGGACGGCGCCCGGACCAUCGGCACCGGGGUGGUGGCCAAAGUGCUGCCCAUGGGGGAGGGGGACAAGGAGCUCAGCUGGGGCUGACCCCUCCCCCACCUCGGGGUGACCCCUCCCCCACCCACAGGCGGAAACCCCUCCCCCACAGGGCUUGGCCCCUCCCCCACUCGAAGGGGUUUGGCCCCUCCCCCCGGGUCAGGAUGGGCGUUGGGGGAGGGGCGGGGUCAGUUCAAAGGGGGGAGGGGAUGGGGAGCAGCCGCCCCUCCCCCACCGCAGGGCAGCCCCUCCCCCACCCAAUGAGGGGAAGGGGGGGGUGACUUCCCCUCCCCCACGGAAGGGGGCAGGGCUCUGUCAAUCACGGUUCGGGGGGGGCGUGGCCGCCCCUCCCCCAAUAAAGGCUCCACCUCCGUUGGG